CAAAAUGCGUAACUGCGGAUUCACGUGGCUCCGUUCCCAUUAGCAACCUGAGGCUUCUAAACAACCUCCAUUCCUUCCAGCGGUCUGCGGUCCGGUAGCCGUUGUUGGGCUCAGGCUGGGCACGUCCUAGCCUGCCCUCGCUGGCUCCUUUAGGCUUGUGACUCCCGCUCGCCACCAUGGCAGAAUUGGGCCUAAAUGAACACCAUCAAAAUGAAGUUGUUAAUUAUAUGCGUUUUGCUCGUUCCAAGAGAGGCCUGAGACUCAAAACUGUGGAUUCCUGCUUCCAAGACCUCAAGGAGAGCAGGCUGGCGGAGGAGACCUUCACGGCGGACGAGGUGGCAGACGUGCUGAGCGGGCUGCAGACCGUGGUGCACAGCGAGGUGGAGUCCGAGCUCAUCCACACGGCGCACACCAACGUUCUGCUGCUGCGCCAGCUCUUCGAGCAGGCUGAGCGCUGGUACCUCAAGCUGCGGACCGACGUCUCGGAGCUGGAGAACAGAGAAUUAUUAGAACAAGUUGCAGAAUUUGAAAAGGCAGAGUUUACAUCUUCAAGAAAAAAGCCCAUCAUAGACACCGCAAAGCCGAAACUUGUUCCUCUGAACGAAGGUGGAACAGCAGAGCUCCUAAACAAGGAAAUUUUAAGACUUCAAGAAGAGAAUGAGAAGUUGAAGUCAAGGCUGAAGACGAUUGAAACGCAGGCUACGAAUGCCUUGGACGAGAAGGCGAUGCUGGAGCGAGCGCUGCAGGAUUUACAGCUGGACAAGGGGAAGCAAGAGGACUUAAUAAAAGCACAAGACUUGAGCGACUUGGAAAACACGGUCGCAGCUUUGAAGAGCGAGUUUGAGAAGACGCUGAACAACAAGACGGAGAGCGAGAAGUCCCUGGAGGAGCACCUGGUGACGGCCAAGCACGAGCUGCUCAGGGUGCAGGGCCAGCUGAGCCUGGCGGAGAAGGAAUUGGAGAAGAAAUUCCAACAAACAGCGGCAUACCGGAACCUGAAAGAGAUGCUCACCAGGAAGAACGACCAAAUCAAAGAGCUGCGGAGGCGGCUGGCGAAGCACGAAGCUGAGGACUAGAAGCAGAAGAGCCCUCGUCUAGAAGCUGCCUCCCACCUCCGGAGCAUAUUACUGUCAUAUUCUUCCUCCUUAUUCCUCUGAUGUUUAGACUUUGCUUCCAUAUUUAGAACUCGAGUUCCUGUUCUCACUUGUCUAACUGAGAAGAGAAACACAGUGAUUCCAACCGGCUGUCGCCCGCCCAUCCAUCCCUGCCCCGUCCCGUCCGUCCGGGGUGCUGAGGACCCUUACGGUACAAAGCGUUUGGAGAGGGAAGAAGAGUCUCACCCUUUGGCAUUAGAAUAGGAGUUAGCGAGUUAAUAAUAUCUAUGCUUGUACAUUCCCCAGAGGUAAAAAUAAAUACUAGAGUUCUCGAAGGCA